AUGGCAUCCGAAACUGGUACAAGUAUCGUGUCAAAUGAGCGAUGUGAUGUAAAUAAUACAAUUCAGCAAGUAUUCGAACCGCUACGAAGGGAAACAACUAAUGCAAAAGUGCCCGGAACAACGUGGAAUAGUGUUAUUAAGGAGACAAACGAGUUUUCGAACAAUUUAGCUCUACAUUCAAUCAGGACGCCCACGAUUUUCUCUACAGCGUCAUCAUUUAGUGCAAACACGGAAGGGAAAGAAUUACAGAGAAAUGUGAAUUUCAUGAGUUCGUCUGGUGAUGUGGAAGAACGUUCUGCUUACAAACUUGCUAUCAACACUACAUUACACUCACCAUCCUUGGAACCACACAGCAUGCCCAACAACAGGAAUGAUUUAGAUAAUGUUGACUGUCUUACUGAACAGCCAAACGGGAAUCCAGAUCAUUGCAACAAUGAAUUAAUAAAAACAAUAAUAGAACCAGUUCAACAUGCUAUUCAUGUUGACUCAGCAUGUAACAAAGAUACACCAAUAUCUGGUAGUAUACAUGCAUUACCAACAAUACUAGAAGGAUGUGUAAACUUUGAACAUGGUAACACUCCUCAAUUAGGGGAAAGUCCUCAAAGUAGCGGCGAAGUAAUUAAUAGUCCAAGAAGUCCAGAUUAUCCACCCAGAGUUUCUGAUAGUCCAAAUAGUCCAGACACAACAUUUCCAAGCAGUAUGACAUCAGCAGUUGUGACUUCGACUAUUAUAAUGGAUACAGCAACAUAUAACGAAGGAAAUACAAAUAAUUUAACCGUUAAAGCUAACAAGAAUCUAAUGUCUUAUUCAUUUUGUGGACAACUAGAAAAAACAGAUGAACAAGUUUCUGUUACUCAAAUAAACACAAACGAGGAAAAGGAAAUAGAUAAAGAAAUAGACAUUGUUCAUAGAGAUAUAAAAACAGAAGUUGUUGAAGUUAAAACAGAACAAGCAGAUUCUCAAGAGCAAUUAAGCGUAGUUAAGUCCGAUUGGGCUAGUAACAGUGUAUCUACAAUAAUAGUUGGACAAACAGACACUGCACUGUCUCAUAACAAACCAAUAAAUUGCAUUAGUUCUACAUCUUCGAAUUCACAUUCUAAAUCGUACUCGUCUUCAAGAGAAAAACGAAAUAAGGAACAUAGUGAACGGCGUUAUUGUUCACGAUGUUAUAAACGUAGUAAAAUAAAACGAGCAAGCAUUGGUGUACAGUGCAAACGAGAUCGCAGUGUGGUUUCGUUAAGCAGUAAACCGAUGUCUCAUCCGUUCUCAAAAUCUACAAAUGAAAAUCUCAGGUUAAAUUUGCAAAUGAAAAAUUAUAAAAUGCUUCACAAUCUACCCGUCAAGAGUGAAUUACUGGAAGGCCUAAAGUACAAGAAAUUCAUUCAUAUAGAAACUUAUCCUAAUGGUGGUGCAACUGUUGUGCAUAUGUACCAAGAUGAAAUUGAUACAUUAUCGCAAGAACAAGUAGAAGAAUUAGCUCAAGAAUAUUUUAAGGUAGUUUUUGGUGAAGAUGAAAAUGGUAACGCGCAUCAUGUUAUGGGAAUAGUGCACAAUGCUGCUGCGUAUCUUCCUGAUCUUUUGGAUUACAUGGCAGAUAAUUAUCCCACGUUAACUGUGAAAAAUGGUGUAUUAGGAAGAAGUAGUGACAUAGAAACUACAACUAUGGUUCAGUACAAAGAACAAGUUUGUAAAGCUUAUAGUAAUGGAACUGUUAGGUAUGGACCUCUCCACCAAAUAAGUCUCGUAGGAACUGUUCAUGAAGAAGUAGGCGGGUAUUUUCCAGAUUUUCUACAAAAAUUGGAAGAAAAUCCAUUUUUAAAACUGACGAUGCCUUGGGGUCCAUUAUCUGUUGUGAAAAUGGAUACUCCUCAAGAAUCAAACGAUGGUCCGAUUCUAUGGAUCAGACCAGGGGAACAGUUAGUUCCAACAGCAGAUAUAAAUAAAAGUCCUUACAAAAGGCGCAGAACGGGCAUUAACGAGUUACGAAAUCUCCAAUAUUUACCCCGUCUUAGCGAAGCCCGUGAAUAUAUGUUUGAAGAUCGCACUAAAGCUCAUGCGGAUCACGUGGGUCAUGGUUUGGACAGAAUGACAACAGCUGCAGUCGGCAUACUGAAAGCUAUACACGGCGGACAAUCUUCUGGAUAUAACAGAAUUACAAAAGAUGUUGUGGCUUUCUACGCCGGUGAUUUUCCCGAACUAGUUGAAAAAUUGCAACUGGAUCUUCACGAACCACCUAUAUCGCAGUGUGUACAGUGGGUUGAAGACGCGAAAUUGAAUCAAUUGCGUAGACAGGGUAUUCGCUAUGCGAGAAUAAAUUUAUACGAUAAUGAUAUUUACUUUUUACCACGUAAUAUAAUUCAUCAAUUUAGAACGGUCUCCGCAGUUUCAAGCGUAGCGUGGCAUGUCAGAUUAAAACAGUAUUAUCCAGAGUCACAACAUAAUUCAAGCAUCAGGCACACGCGCGUUGCAAACGAACCGUCCCACCGUUUAAAAGAAAAGAAAUCUUUAGAAGCUGUGAAUAUAGGAGACGAACAGAAAGAAAAUACAAAUCGUCAACGCGUAGAACAAAAACAUUCUAUCGACUCCUUCGAGGAGAAAAAAGCAAAAGAAAGGGCCGCCGAGUAUCAAGGAAAUUUGAAGAAAUCGGAUCAGCAUGGAAAGCGUAAAGAAGAACGUAAAAGUAGAGACUAUACAAGACAUUCUUCUGUUUCAAGUAAAAGGAGAGAUUCCGAAGAGAAUAAUGAUAAUUGUUCGGAUCUAUUCAAUAAUAAAUCUACAAAGAAUAGCGCAACAGACCAAAAGCAAAGUAGCGAGAAGAGAGACGAUAAGAGAUCCGAAAGAAGACACGACGAUCGGCGUCGAUCCAAUGAAAAAUCCAAUCAUCAUUCUCACAGUAACAGUAGCAGUAAUAGUAGUCACUCUCCAGACAAGAAGAAGUAUGACUGUAGUACACAUAAACUAGUCCAUCAUCGUCACCAUAGUCGAUGUAGCAGUAACAACGCAUCCAGUAAAGAAAGCAUUUCAAACGUUAUGGAAUCAAAAUCGGUCAACAAAUUUAGCACCUCAGUGUCUUCAUCGAAAGAUAGUAAAAGACGUUUGAGUUCCUCGGACCUUUGUGCAACAGAACACAAUACCUCUGAUUGUAACAUCGUUAUUCUUGAACAAGAUGUAUUGUCGCAACGACAAUUGGUAGCAAAAACGUACGCAACGGAAGUUGUAGAUAAGGCUUUAGAAAUUGCUAUUUAUAAAUCAAAGACUGACGUGGAAGAAGUUUGCCAAUCUUUGCGAACUGGCGUUGCGGAGGCCUCGAAAGAAGUAUUAGAAAAAAUACAUAAAGAAAGUUUUGAAAUCGCUGAACAGAAGUACAAAAAAGAUAUAUCAAAAUUAGAACGAUAUUGUCAAUUACUGGAAAUAGAAACUACGUUGGCUUUCACAUCGAAGAUGGAAUGCGCGACCGAAAAUGCAGUAAAAGCAUUGAUCGAAAUGGCCGAGGACGAAGCUAAGGAAAGAUCGAAAAAUGAGAAGGUUUGUGCAUCGGUAACUGGUAACUCGGGCGAAGAAAGUUCAGUGUCCGCAUCGAAAAUCCCUAAUUCUUCGUCUUGUUCUUCGAUCACGUCAACAUCUCCGUCAGCAGAGGCUGAAAGGCAUAGUAGCAACAGUAGGAAUUGUAGCAGCGACGAGAAUUCAUCGAAAUUGUCGUCGGAUACUCGUACGUUACAUUCGGACUCCAAGAGAAAGCAUAGAGACGACAAGGAUUCCAGAAAUCAACGGCAUAAGGAUAGAAGGGAUCGAGAUAGACGCGACAGAGAACAUAAGAAACAUCGUCAUCGGAGUCCUCAACGUAAAUCCGAUAGUAAAACGGGAGAAGGUAGUAGUAAAGAGGAUUCGCUGAAAAUUAUUGCACUGCCUAGGGAUUAUAAUAUUUCUGGUAAAGCUAUUGAUCGCACAGAAAAUAAAGACAAUGAAAGGAAAUCGGAAAAAAGAAGAGAUGGGCACCACAGUCAUGGAAGGGACGGGCAGAAAAAAUCAUCGAGUAGUCGUUCGUCCAAAGACGAUUCGGCGUCGAGUCGUUCCCAUUCGUCGAGUUCGAAUCACAAGAGGAAGUCCAGUUCAUCCGAAGAACACAAGGAGCCGAAGAAACCGUGCAUUGAAAAAGACGUUGACGCGGAAACGACGGAACAAAAUACUCUUGACACUACGUUAACUCUAAUAACAGUGACAACGGUGGCUCAAUCAUCGACGACAAGUACUGUUGUGUCAACAUGAACAGGUGAAAAUUAUUUUAAGCUGUAGUACAAUCUGCUUGUUAGAAAUAAAAGUUCGUGCGAUCGAGCUUACAUGCCGGCAAUCUUGCGCGUACGGAUUCUAACUGAUUUGGGUGUAGUAAAUUUACGUUGUAUAUCCGAAUUUACAGAAAUAUGAGACGUGAACCAAUAUACAAAAUACGAUAAAAGUUUUUUUUCUUUCUUUUUAGAUCUAAUCGAAGUAGAAGCAAUUACAGUGUUUUAUCCAAAGACCAGUUAGAUCUUUAACCAAUUGAGAAUUUGCUACAUCAUCAUUUUCAUGCAAUUAUAAACGCCUUAGUAUUUAGCAAAGAAAUUUCAGCUACGAAGGUAGUGACAACGCGUGGAAGCAUUUUCUCAUACUGACUCGCAAAAAUUAUUUUGCUAUAAAAUCCCUGAGCGUCUCAUAUAUUGCUGAGAAUGAAAGGAAAAAUAAAAAAAAUAGAUAUUUAUAGAAUAGGUGACCAAUAUGAUGUGUACAAACAAAAUUUGUACAAAUUUGUGAUCAGAAAAUUAAAAAGAUUUAGCACAUCAGAGCUGUACACUGUACAUAGAUUAAUACAUUACUCUAUUUAGAGAAUCGUCUUGCAGCGAAUCUUGUUUAAGUUUUAUAUGUAUACAUAUAUGUAUACAUACAUGUACAUAUAUAAAUGUGUGCGUGACGAGUGUAUGCAUGCUGUAUGCCUAUAUACAUACAUGUAUAUAUACACACGCAUGUGUGUGUGGAAUAUGAAUUGGUAUGUAUAUAUGUAUAUUGUGUAUAUCCGGCAUAAAGAAAUAAAAAAACUUGUCUAUACUACCGCAACGUGUAGGUACGUUUUAAUUUCCGAUUGGUAAAUUGACGUUUUGCGCGCAAACUGAUUGGUGCUAAUUCCAGCGCUUUGUAGUAACAUGGACGAGUUUGUUGUGCCCAGUCUACACAUGUACAUAUAUGUGAAAGGGAAAGCGUAAAUGUAAAUUAUUUAUAAUUUCAUUGAACAUUCUACGUGAUUUGAAGGUUUUGGUUUACUUUGCAAUUUAUCCUUAUCAAUUUAAUAAGAGGAAAAGUCCUUAACACCAACACCUAUAUCAAUCAUUAAUAUUUUAAUGAAAACAGAUCUUCUGUAUAUUUAAACUAAACUAUUUAAAAUUCAUAUUUUAUUAAUAAGCGGGGGAUCGAUAUCUUAUGUACUGAUUAUAGAGUGAGAGAAACAUUGUAUUGUUGUUCUAAAGGAUGUGCAUUAAGAAGGUCACAUGUGCGUGUUUUCAUGUCUCGCAUGAAAAGUCCAAUUGUCAUAAUGUAUUGCUGGCGAAACACUAUGUACUAGUUUUCUUCUCUUUUCUUUUUUUUUUCUAUUUAAACAGAUUUUUAUUUAUACAACAAAGUUGAUAAAGAUGAGCACUGAUAGCAAGCUCGGUAUAUAUGUACAUUUAAUCUUACGUGUUAUUGACAUUUAGUUUACUUAAUAAUUAACACAUUGAUACAGCGAUUUAUUCCGACAACUUCAUCACCAACCUAAAUGCUUCUUCCACUCGGGUACAAUACAAAGGGGUUCGAAAAAUCGAUUGAUAGUUUUUAUGAAUUUUCAUAGACGAGUGAAAUGACAGUAAUUGGCAGUAUAGAUUUGUGCAUACAGAAUAUUGUUUAACAGCAUAAGAAAUUGUUAAAAGGGAAUAUUCAUAUACGGUGAUAUAUAUUCUGUUCUACAAAAAUCAUAUUUGGCCUAUAUAGCAUUAUUUCUGUCAAAAAUUUGGAAUUUAUUUUUACGUAAAAUAAUUGAAAAUCGUUAAUUUAUUAAUAUUAAAAGUAAAAAUAAUAGUGACGGUAAAAAAACAGAUACAUCGUACAAUUCGACGUAUAUAGUUCGCAAUUUUAUCUAACAUUUAUACAAUUAAGAUAAUGUAAAAUUUAAAGUGAAAAAUUUGAUCAUAUUUUGUUAAAUUAAAGAAUGCCUCAAUCUUAUAUGCACGAGUGAACAAACGUUUCCGAGAAUCUUGUAUAAUAGUUUCGUUUAAUUUUGAAGUUUCAAAGUUUUCUGACGAACGAUUUCAACUAAAUGUUGAGUAUUACAGGUCCUUCGACCUCUGCCUUCAUAUAUGAGCUUUAGGUUUCUGUAAGGAAGAAUGAACAAUGUUAUAUAUGUUUUACAAAA